CGGGCGAAGCAGAUACCUCACAAAUAAAAUCAUAAUCCAAUUCCCCCAUCCCAACCCGAAUGAUGGAGGCUGCGGCGGCCGGAGUGACCCCGCCGCUGCCAGCCCCAGCCCGCUAGCCGCGGACCAACAGCGCCACAGCGAGCGAGCGAGCGAGCGAGGAGGGGGAGAGAGGGAGUCUGUCUGCAAAGUGCUGCUCCCUGGUGCUCAGAGGCGGCUGCUCCAGCUCCAACUCUCAUUCAUUUCGCCGGUUAACAUGAGAGAUCAUGGCCGCCUUCGGGCUUCUCAGCUAUGAGCAGAGACCGCUGAAGCGCCCCCGGCUCGGGCCGCCCGACGUCUACCCACAGGACCCCAAGCAGAAGGAGGAUGAACUUACUGCUGUGAAUGUAAAGCAAGGCUUCAAUAAUCAGCCAGCCUUCACUGGAGAUGAACAUGGCUCAGCUAGAAAUAUUGUAAUUAACCCAUCAAAGAUUGGAGCUUAUUUUAGCAGCAUAUUAGCUGAGAAACUGAAGCUUAACACUUUCCAGGACACGGGAAAGAAGAAACCACAAGUUAAUGCUAAAGAUAAUUAUUGGCUGGUUACUGCUCGAUCCCAGAGUGCAAUUCAUAGUUGGUUUUCUGACUUAGCAGGAAAUAAGCCGCUUUCUAUUUUGGCAAAAAAGGUUCCUAUCCUUAGUAAAAAAGAGGAUGUUUUUGCAUAUUUAGCUAAAUAUUCUGUGCCAAUGGUUCGAGCAACGUGGUUGAUCAAGAUGACUUGUGCCUAUUAUUCUGCUAUAUCUGAAGCUAAAAUUAAGAAACGUCAGGCUCCUGAUCCGAAUUUGGAGUGGACACAGAUAUCUACCAGAUAUCUUCGAGAGCAGUUGGCCAAGAUUUCUGACUUUUACCACAUGGCCUCCAGCACGGGUGAUGGCCCUGUCCCUGUGCCACCAGAGGUGGAACAAGCCAUGAAGCAAUGGGAAUACAAUGAAAAGCUAGCAUUUCACAUGUUCCAGGAAGGAAUGCUAGAAAAACACGAAUAUUUGACAUGGAUCCUGGAUGUUUUAGAAAAGAUCAGACCAAUGGAUGAUGAUCUUCUUAAACUCUUGCUACCACUAAUGCUGCAGUAUUCAGAUGAGUUUGUUCAGUCGGCCUACCUGUCUCGUCGUCUUGCCUACUUUUGUGCCCGGCGUCUUUCCUUGCUGCUGAGCGAUAGCCCCAACCUCCUUGCUGCCCACUCACCCCACAUGAUGAUAGGACCAAACAACUCGAGUAUCGGGGCCCCCAGCCCUGGCCCCCCCGGCCCUGGCAUGAGCCCCGUGCAGCUGGCCUUCUCAGAUUUUCUUUCCUGUGCACAGCAUGGUCCCCUGGUUUAUGGACUUAGUUGUAUGUUGCAGACUGUCACUCUCUGUUGCCCAAGUGCCUUGGUGUGGAAUUAUUCCACAAAUGAAAAUAAGAGCGCAAACCCAGGCUCACCCCUGGAUCUGCUACAGGUGGCCCCUUCUAGCCUCCCCAUGCCGGGUGGGAACACGGCUUUCAAUCAGCAGGUUCGGGCAAGGAUUUAUGAAGUAGAACAACAGAUAAAACAAAGAGGCCGUGCAGUGGAAGUUCGGUGGUCAUUUGACAAGUGCCAAGAAUCCACAGCAGGGGUGACUAUUAGUCGGGUUUUGCACACGUUGGAAGUUUUGGAUCGUCACUGUUUUGACCGAACUGAUUCCAGCAAUUCAAUGGAGACACUUUAUCAUAAGAUUUUCUGGGCAAACCAAAACAAAGAUAACCAAGAGGUUGCGCCCAACGAUGAAGCUGUGGUGACGCUGUUAUGUGAAUGGGCCGUGAGCUGCAAACGGUCUGGCAAGCACAGGGCCAUGGCUGUGGCAAAACUCCUGGAGAAGAGGCAAGCAGAAAUUGAGGCAGAGAGAUGUGGUGAAUCAGAAGUCUUAGAUGAGAAGGAGUCUAUUUCUUCAUCCUCUCUUGCUGGAUCCAGUUUGCCUGUUUUCCAGAAUGUGCUGUUAAGGUUUUUAGAUACACAGGCCCCCUCUUUGUCGGACCCAAACAGUGAAUGUGAAAAGGUGGAAUUUGUGAACCUGGUGCUGCUCUUCUGCGAGUUCAUCCGCCAUGACGUCUUCUCCCAUGACGCAUACAUGUGUACCCUCAUAUCUCGAGGAGAUUUGUCAGUCACUGCCUCAACCCGGCCGCGGUCACCAGCAGGGGAAAAUGCAGACGAACACUAUUCAAAGGACCAUGAUGUAAAAAUGGAGGAACAGAGUAUUAUGGCGCAUAUGGGCAUUGACUCAGGAACCACUAACAUUUUUGAUGAAGUAGACAAGAGUGACUUUAAAACUGACUUUGGUUCGGAAUUUCCAAUUUUUUCUCCUAUGCCUGGAGAGUCCUGUGAGAAUGCCAACACUUCCUUGGGCAGAAGAAUGUCAGUUAAUUGUGAGAAGUUGGUGAAGAGGGAAAAGCCAAGGGAAUUAAUUUUUCCAUCCAAUUAUGACCUCCUUCGCCACUUACAGUAUGCAACACAUUUUCCUAUACCUCUGGUAAGUCAUUGCUUCAGUUAA